GCGGGCCUGGCAAAUCUCUAAAUAAAACCCCAUUGUCCCUCCCAAUCUUUCCAUGGCAUUUCCUGCUCCCUCCCAGCGCGUCGCCUCAUGGUUCCCUCUAGCUCGCACCCUGUUUCCAUAGCCAGAUAUACCUAACAUCAGAACAUGUUCAGAGAUAGUGCGUUCACACUGCAACCGUAAUCCAUGGUUUCGUUUCGCCAUGUUUCCUUCCCUUUCUUCCUAUGCCUUCUCAUCCUCAUAUUCCUUUCCCCUCCCACUGCCGGCAAUCCCCUCCACUACUAUUGUGGCACCACCGACAACUACACCGCCAACAGCACCUAUGAGUCCAACCUCAUGAACCUCCUCCUCCCUUCCCUUGCCUCCAACGCUUCUCUCUCCGGUGGCUUCCUCAACGCCACCGUCGGCCAGAUCCCAGACCAAAUCUACGGCCUCGCCAUGUGCCGCGGCGACACCAACGCCUCCGUCUGCCGCUCCUGCCUCAACAACGCAAUCCAAGAUGCCCCCCAGCUCUGCGCGUACAACAAAGGCGCCACCGUCUUCUACGACGACUGCCUCCUCCGCUACUCCAACCAGCGCUUCUUCUCCACCGUCGACACCUCACCGUCCUGGAUCAUGUGGAACCGCUACAACGUGACCGACCGCAGCUGGUUCGACAAGAUUGUGGACGAGCUUAUGAGCAAAAUCACCGAUUGGGCCGUCUCCAACUCGACGAGGAGGUUCGCUUCCGGGCAGAUGGUGAACUCUACCAAGGCUCCUUUUCCUGAGAUAUAUGGGCUGGUGCAGUGCACACAGGACCUGUCGCCCAGCCAGUGCCAGCAGUGCCUCCAAAGUAUCCUUCAGCCGAGACCGACACAGCUAGAGGGGAAGCAGGGAGGGAGGGAAAUCGCAGCGAGCUGCAAUUUUAGGUACGAGAUAUACAAGUUCUUCGACGGGGCAGCGACGCUAAGACUUGAGGAGCCGCUGGAGAACUCACCGGCGCCGGCGCCUGCCACGUUAGUGCCUCCACCUAUCAACCCUCCUAAUGAAGAAGGUAAGAGGGGUAAGAUUUUUCCGACCGGUACCAGCAAACUAGUUGCAAUAGCUUCGGUUUAUCGACGGUGACUUAAUAGGGAAUAGAUGAGUCCUUUCUACUCUGCUUGAGAUCCAGUCAUUUCUAAUCUGUUUACUAAUAUCCUAUCAGUUUUGAGUUUUAUGGCUUCAUUUUCUUUUUGUUUUUUGUGCUAAACGUACGUUUCUCCGUAAUUUAGUUGAGAAGUAUAUAAGAAUCUAGGAUCUGUCUACUGAAACUUAACAGAGUUCUCCUUUGGUAUUAAACGUUAGUCUACAAAUGUACACAGAUUCUUGGUUGAUCGUGAAAAAAUAUAAGUGGUGGGUGAUCUAAAAUAACAGUAAAGAUCAGCCUUUCCUUAUUGGCCUGCCGUAGAAAACAAAAGCAAUAUUAUGUAAGCAACAGAGUGGGCACUGAUGCCUAGUGCUGUAAUAUACAAAGGUUAUUUCCACAAAUCAGCCAAAGUAGCGAACCAUUUCUUUACUUUUAAGGUUUUGCCGGCUAGCACCAGUAUAUAAUUGUUUGCUCAAAGGUAGUUCACACUAUCAUACUUACACCAAAUUAACAAUUCCUUAGGAUCACAGGCUGAUUACCAACCUUAGAGAAUGAAAAGUUUGCACA